UUGACAUCCUACACAAAUCUACCGCGAAAAAUGGGGAGGCUCAGCUGCACCUACACCACCGUGCUCGUGGCGCUCGCGCUCUCAGCUCCACUGGCCGCCCUCGCCGGCGACCCAGACAUCCUGACCGACUACAUCGUCCCAGCGGACGCGAACCCCGGGACCACCAACGGCACCUUCUUCACGUUCACGGGGUUCCGCGCGGCCAUGACCAUGCCCAUGCCCAACUUCAUGCCGACCAAGGCCACGAUGGCGGAGUUCCCGGCGCUCAACGGCCAGAGCGUCUCGUACGUGCUGCUCAUGUUCCCGGCGGGGGGCUCGGUGAACCCCACGCACACCCACCCGCGGUCCGCCGAGCUUCUGCUCCUCCUCGACGGCGCGCUCUCUGUCGGCUUCGUGGACACCGCGGGCAAUCUCUUCACCCAGGACCUCGCCGCCGGCGACAUGUUCGUGUUCCCCAAGGGCACCGUGCACUGGCAGUACAACCAGGGCACGCAGCCUGCCAAGGCGCUCUCCGCCUUCGGGAGUGCCGCCCCAGGGCUCGUGUCCCUCCCCAGCACCCUCUUUGGCGCCAGCAACAUCGACGAUAACGUCCUCGCAACGUCCUUCAAGACCGAUGUGGCCACCAUCCAGAAGCUCAAGGCAGGCCUCCACGCAUAACGUGUCGGCGAAGUCCUCCACGCAUGUUCUUCAGUUAUUGACUUAUUGUCUGGGGACGAGCCAGUCAUGACC